UUCCAGAAUUUUGGACAUUUCACUGUAUUAUCCAUCAAGAGCACUUGGUGUCUAAAAAGCUGAACUUAGACCACAUCAUGAAACCUGUGCUGGAAAUUGUCAAUUUUAUACGCACACAUGCUCUCAAUCACAGACAGUUCAAAAAUCUCAUUGAUGAACUUGAUGAAGAUCUUCCAUCUGAUCUGCUUCUUCACUGCGCUGUGAGAUGGCUUUCAAGAGGUAAUGUGGUUUCUCGUUUCUUUGAGCUUUUGAAUCCAGUGAAGCUGUUCCUUGCAGAGAAACAUAGGGACUAUCCUGAGCUACAUGAUCCCCAGUGGAUUUCAGAUUUGGCUUUUUUAGUCGACAUGCUGCAUUAUCUAAAUGGACUGAAUGUGGAUCUGCAAGGGAAGUUAAAGAUGCUGCCUGACCUGGUGCAGAGUGUUUUCACAUUUAUCAACAAACUCAAGCUGUUCAAGACACAUCUACAAAAGAGAGACUUCACACAUUUUCCGUCCUUGUUGAAGGCAAGUGGACAAGCAGCAGAGGUUGUAAAAGGGAGUACUGCACGGUAUGUAACACUGCUUGAAAAUCUUGAGCAAAGUUUUGAGGACAGAUUCUCCAACCUACGGCAAAAAAGACCACAGAUUACAUUUCUGAUCAACCCGUUCACUGCUGAAUCAGACUGUUUAAAAGCCCCUUUAGUGGAAGAUGAAGCAGCAUCUCAGCUUGAAAUGAUCGAACUUUCUGAGGAUGACAGACUUAAAAGUGUUCUGAGGGAAGGAACCGUGGAGUUUUGGAAGAUCGUGCCGGUUGAGAGAUAUCCCAAUGUCAAACGGGCUGCACUCAAACUACUGUCAAUGUUUGGGUCAACUUACAUCUGUGAAUCACUUUUUUCGACACUAAAACAAGUGAAAUCAAAGCAUCGCUCUGUUCUUACUGACACACAUGUGAAAGAGUUACUACGAGUAGCCACAACUGAAUACAAGCCAGACCUAAAAAAGAUUGUGGAAACCAAGGACUGUCAGGUGUCCCACUGAGUCAAGUAAAAGGAGGUUAGCCACCCCU